UCGUUGUAUGGUCGGCAUUUUUCACUACUUCAUCAAGAUCGUCAGAGGGAGGAGGAAUUGAAAAAAUUGCACCGAUUAAUUUAGUAUAGUGCGGCUUUGGUGAUUUUAAAAUUUUUAUCUUAAUUUAACUGUUACUAAGUGGAAAAUAAAGCAGCCAAUAUGUCUGACGAAAAGAAGGGAGAAACAGAGCAUAUUAACUUGAAAGUUUUGGGACAGGACAACGCUGUCGUCCAAUUUAAAAUCAAGAAACAUACACCCUUAAGAAAACUCAUGAAUGCAUACUGCGACAGAGCGGGUCUUUCCAUGCAAGUAGUGCGGUUUCGCUUCGAUGGUCAGCCUAUAAAUGAAAAUGAUACACCAACAUCAUUGGAAAUGGAAGAAGGUGAUACUAUUGAAGUAUACCAACAACAGACGGGAGGCAGAAAUUAAUUUUGAAAUUAACAAAGAAAAUCUAAUAAAAUCACUUAAACAUUAAAGCAAAAAUCAAUUUAAUAAUCCAUACAAAAAUGAUAAGUUAAAAUAAGUAUCAUCCAAACUAUGCUGAAUAAUCGAGCAGUGCAUAAUCCUCUUGUUACGAAGAUGUGUAUAACUGCCCAAAAUUUAAAUCGGCGUAAAAUCUUAGUUUCAACUUGUUCAAACCGAAGAGUUUAUUGACCAUGUGGAGUAUACGCUAUCCAUAACCGCUCAAGCGUGCUUACAGAGUGGAUCACAACAUCCAUGAUAUCAAUUAUACAUUUUCUAAUUACUUUAACCUUACAAUUAUUUAAUAAGCAGUUUGUAUCGAAAUAAUUUUAAUUUAUGAAUGGAAACUAAAGAAAGCAUUUAUUAUUAGACAGACG